UCGAAGUUGUGAACUUUGCUGUUUACCUCGUACGAUUCGUUUGACAUAUGGAAGUGAAGCUCUGUUCUCAAUAACCUACUUAUCAGCUCAUAAUCCUUCUACUGAGCGAUGUUUUCUUCACUAGGGGGUAAAACGUCCUUGUUUCGCGUCACGCUCGUUGGAAUUGGGGGAGUUGGUUGCUGUCUGUUGUGGAGAGCGAAGAAUGGACAUUCAUCUGUCAACGUAGUUGCGGCAAAGUCUCCUGAUAAUGGUCCAGGGCCGACACAAACUCGGCGAAAGACAAAAUUUGAUCAGUUUGCUUCCAUUGAAGUGGACGGGCGGUAUUUCAUGACUCCAGCUGAUUUCCUGGAAUCUGUCAUGAACAAAGAUUCACUAGGAUGGAGUAAGAAAAGGCCAUUAACAAAGGACGUUCUUUCUCAGAUGGUCUACAAUACACCCUCAAUAUCAAAGGGAUCUAGGAAUUUUUUUCGCAAGCUGCAAGAUAAUGGAGUCAUCACCUUCUCCGAAUACUUGUUCCUUCUUACCAUUUUAACAAAAUCUCAAAGAGGAUUGGAAAUCGCUUUCAAAAUGUUGGAUAAAGAUGGCAAUGGCCGGCUUUGUAAGGAGGAAUAUUUUGUGCUUGAAGAGAUGGUUAAUAAAAAGUCUUCUGCAAAAUCAAUGGCAAUACGAGAAAAUGAAAAGGAAAAUCAUGGCUGCCUUGAGAAGACAACUUUAACCAUGCAUCUGUUUGGCUCCAGGGGAACUGGCCAACUUACUUUAAGUCAGUUCUCCAAAUUUAUGCAAGAUGUUCAACUAGAGGUCCUUGAAAUGGAAUUUAUGGAAUAUUCAAGGGGCAUGCCAACCAUACCAGAAGACAGUUUUGCUCGUUUGCUGCUGAGAAAUACUUCGUUGGAGGAAGAGGAAAUCCAGAAGUACUUAGACAGACUUGGAAAGAGACUGACUCAACGAAAGGGAAUUACUCUUGAGCAGUUCCUGAGGUUUGGAAUGUUUCUCAACAACCUGGAAGAUUUCUCAUUGGCCAUGAGAAUUUACUCUAUCGCUGGACAGGCCGUCACACAAGAGGAAUUCCAGAGAGCUGUCCGUAUCUCAACAGGGCAGACAUUGGACCCGUAUGUAGUUCACACGGUAUUUCAACUAUUCGAUAAAGACGGUGAUGGUAAACUAAGUUAUAGCGAGUUCAUAGAGUUGAUGAAGGAUCGCCUCAAGCGUGGAUUCAUGGUCCCGGCGUCAGAGAAGACAGGCUGGCAGGGAUUCAAGCAGUGUAUCAAGAGAGAGAUGUCCUUGUAGCAAGGUCGGGGACUAGCUGUUAUUUAUUAAAAUUUUCCUGGUUUGGCGUGAACUGUCAAACAAACAUAGUGUUUGCAACGCUCUAGAUAAUGAAAACUGAAUUUCCUGCAUACGAAUGGAGGAAAUCAAACUAACGUGCAUGUAAAAUGAAUUUCAAGUGAAGUAAAAGAUUUCAAAGAUUU